CCUUUCUGGUGUCAGAUUUCUCGUCAUUCAGGCCAGCUAACUGAGAACAAGCGACGGCCUUCUCUAAAUCUUUCAUUGAAAAAAGACGAAAGCGAGACGAAAACACAAAUAGAUUGACACCGCCAAAAUGAUCCACAGCCUGUUCCUCGUGAACUCCUCGGGGGACAUUUUCCUGGAGAAGCACUGGAAGAGCGUUGUGAGCCGCUCGGUGUGCGACUACUUUUUCGAGGCGCAAGAGCGCGCCAGCGAGCCGGAGAACGUGCCCCCAGUCAUCCCGACCCCCCACCACUACCUCAUCAGUGUGCUAAGGCACCGUAUUUACUUUGUGGCAGUUAUUCAGAGCGAGGUGCCGCCGCUCUUUGUCAUUGAGUUCUUACACAGGGUGGUUGAUACAUUCCAGGACUACUUUGGGGUGUGCACGGAGGCAGCGAUCAAGGACAAUGUGGUGGUAGUAUAUGAGCUACUAGAGGAGAUGCUGGACAAUGGUUUCCCCCUGGCCACAGAGUCCAAUAUCCUCAAAGAGCUCAUCAAGCCGCCCACCAUCCUGCGCACAGUGGUCAACACCAUCACAGGCAGUACCAAUGUAGGGGAGCAGCUCCCUACUGGCCAGUUGUCCGUGGUGCCAUGGCGACGCACUGGAGUGAAGUACACAAACAACGAGGCCUACUUUGAUGUAGUGGAGGAGAUUGAUGCCAUAAUCGAUAAAUCAGGCUCCACUAUCACAGCAGAGAUCCAGGGGGUGAUUGAUGCCUGUGUGAAAUUAACAGGCAUGCCUGACCUCACUCUCUCGUUCAUGAACCCUCGUCUGCUGGAUGAUGUGAGCUUCCACCCGUGUGUGAGGUUCAAGCGCUGGGAAGCGGAGAGGAUCCUCUCCUUCAUCCCCCCAGAUGGAAACUUCCGGCUGCUCUCCUACCACGUCAGCUCCCAGAAUCUGGUGGCCAUCCCAGUGUACGUCAAGCACAACAUCACGUUCAGGGAGGGUAGUUCUCAGGGCCGCUUUGAGCUGACCCUGGGCCCCAAGCAGACCAUGGGGAAGGGAGUAGAGGCUGUUCUGGUCAGCAGCCAGCUGCCCCGCGGAGUUCUCAACACCAACCUCAACCCCACCCAGGGGACAUACACCUUCGACCCUGUCACUAAGCUCCUGUCGUGGGACGUGGGUAAGAUCAACCCUCAGAAACUACCGAGUCUAAAAGGCUCUAUGAGCCUGCAGGCAGGGGCCUCCAAGCCAGACGAGAACCCCACCAUCAACAUCCAGUUCAAGAUCCAACAGUCGGCCCUCUCUGGACUGAAGGUGAAUCGGUUGGAUAUGUACGGGGAGAAGUACAAGCCAUUCAAAGGCAUCAAGUACAUGACCAAAGCUGGCAAAUUCCAGGUCCGGACAUAGAGGCUUGACUCGUCACUCUCUGGCCUCUGCACCACUACUGUACAACAGAUAGGAGGUGGUUUCAGAUGGAGGGGGGAUAGGGGGGGGUUGUGUGUGGCUAUGAUGCAUUCCCUGUGUAAAUGCAUUUCAGGAUUUAUCCUCACAAACUGGAGGCUCUGCUGUCUAACUGAACUACUGCAGAAUGUGUGACACGACACACAAAAUCCUGUUUUUAAUGGAGUUGUUUGCACUGUCAAAUGUGUUAGUUAUGAGGUUACCAGUCUCAGCGUAGCUACUGCUUUUGUAGCAGGCCUAAAAUGGGUAUCUGUUGUCAUUUCUGGUUCUCUUUCCAAUCUCUUUGCUAUCCUUUUGAGUUCCUCUUCUGAGUGAGAAUGGCAGGCAAAACAGUUUGUGCUUCCCUCAUGUGUCACUACAGUCUACUGCUAGUACCCUUUUUCCUCAUGCUUCAAUCUAUUCCUUAUCAUCAACAUUGCCCAGAGUUUCUUCUGGUCAGGUCACAUGGCCUGGAAACACUCCUGGUGCUACUUCUAUUACAUUCCUAUGUUAUUCCUCGGCCCCCUUGGUAUUUUCUACCCUCACUUAUUCCCGAAACUCCCUGUUUCCUGAAUUUUUCUUCUCAGUCCUCUGAACCAUGUUUAUGGAUUUGUCUGUUUGCCUGUCUGUCAUCAACACUGAAGUCAACACAUUAGAGUUUGAGAAUGUGACAUGAAAUCCCUUCCCCUGAAUUAUGCACAACCAUAUUCAUUGUUUUAUCAUCAGUUAAUACUGUAUGUGUAACCAUGUCCUUCCAUAUCAAAUCUAACGGUUGUGUUAUGCGGGUGAUAUGUUACUGCUUUUCUCUCUUUAUAUCACGUCAGGUGUCAUGUUGAGCACUUUGCUGUGGCCUACCUGAAGUUUUGUCCACCUUAAUCACUCUUGAUGACCUUUUUUUUUUAAAUGAUUAUUUAUUGACCAAUGAUUGAUCAGGGACUGAAUCCUGAUCCAAGCACAAGCCUAUACUAUAUAGCCCUAUUAUAUAAUGCAGCACAGAUUGAUCUUUAUUACUCCAUACUGACUGACAUACUACCGUUUGAUAACGAUGGGUUGCCCUGUCAUGAAUGUUAAAGGUUUGUGUUUGCAGCUUUUGUUUGUGUGUCUGUCAAAUUAAUUCAAACUUUUGAGUUUUACAAUGGUAUGAUAUUAAAGAUUUAAGAAUUGAUAUGAUAUACCCUGAAUUAUCGGGUUAAUUUGGGUCCUCUCAGUUAGUGGAUACUUUGUAACGACUACAAUGUAGUCGGUGUAGAUCGAUAUGGCUGUUACCAACUUCAAGAGCCACAUGUUUCUACAUGUCUGUAACUUCAAACACAUUUCUGUCAUGAUAUCUUGAGUGUUAUGAGAGGCCAUUAAUGAAGAUGUAUGGGAACUUUUAAUGUUUUUGGUUUGAUGAACUAAAUGGUAAACACAC